CACCGCAGCAGCGACAGUGACAACAGCAAUCAUCAAUAAGUAAGAAGACAUGUCGGGACCUCUUGGCAGAAUUAUCGCGCAGGUGGUGGUCAUGGGCGCGGGCAUCGUGUCCAAGGCCUUCGUGCAGGCAUACCAGCAGGCUGUACACAACGCUCGCUCGGGCAACGCUGGCGCCAUGGCAGCCAAGACUGUGGUGCGCAAGAACCAAAUGCCCAAGCAGCAAGCGCGUGAGAUUCUCAACUUCCCUACGAGCGGACCUGCGCCAUCCUCGGAGGAGAUCCAGAAGCAGUUUACAAGGUACUUCGAGGCGAAUGACCCAGCCAAGGGUGGCUCGUUCUAUCUACAGUCCAAAAUUUUCCGAGCCAAGGAGGCGUUAGAGCAUAAAGAAACAGACGAAGAAGCACCGGCGACCGACAAGACGAAGGAUAAGUAGGUUAACCGUGCCGAGUACUAGCUGUGCUCUGAAGUAGACGGGUUUCCCUCAAUGUCACUUGCGCGGCAGCGAGGCUUGACUGGGAUUAAGAAGUUACAACGUAGCUGGGCCUCCUCUUCGUCGCUUGGACGUGAGGCGGAGGCUGGCGUCCUGCAUAAAGCUCUAUAAUAUACCUAUCGAGGCGCCUUGGCCAUGGCU